AUGGAGUUCCUCAGUCGUGGACCUGCGUACAUACUAAGAUGCUUUCCCGUCCCUUCAUUCAUCCGCACGCGGAUGUUUUAUCCUACCGAGGCAGCAUUCGUAAAUCCCCUCCUCGCACGCAAUUAUCCCGAAAUACGUUCGCUGCAACCACUAGCCAUCAUGGCGCCCACGUCGCUGCGACCUGCGUUCGUCCUCGCGGUGCUGCUCUCUCUCACCUGCAACGCCAUCGCCGGGCGCCAUCUGCUCCAAACCUCAAACACUCGCUACCAAUCCUCAUCGAAGCUUUCCUCGAAUACUGGCAAUUUGUUUGGCUCGUGCACCCUGGAUGCUAAAGUUACGGCCAUUGACCAAACCACCUCGCUCGCCGUCCGCGUCACGGGCGUGAAGAGUUGGGCCCCAUCAAUUUCCUUUCCCAGUUACUACAGGAACAGCACUGGUUCCCUUGUGGCCCAGUUUCCGUGCAAAUAUAAACCGGAAGCAACAAGCGGCACCUGGAGCUGCACCAUCUAUGAGAAAGUUGCACUCAGUUCGCCUUACCAGCCAGUCGGCGGAAUUGAGUCGUUGGUCACCUCUGGAAUGUUUGUGAAACCUAGUGACUUCUAUGUUCAGAUUAACGUUGACGGCGUGGCAGUAGAGGGAAAGAUCAUACCAAGUGUGAUGACCUCCUGA